CAUAGUUAAUUAGUACUUAGUAGUAGUAUAAGCAGGCUGUACAUGUUAAUUAACGCAUAGUUUGGAUCGUGAGAAUUAACGUAAGCCAAGCAGAGUGAGAUCGCGAUCGAUCGAUCGACAUGGUGGCUGCCAUGGCGAAGAAGAAGAGUGUGGCGGCGGCUCUUAGUGUGAUGGUAUCGUUGGUUCAGGUGCUGGGCGCCGUCGCCGUCGCCGGCGGCGUUGAGCCGAGUAAGGUCAGGCGGCAGGUGCCGGCGGUGUACGUGUUCGGAGACUCGACGCUGGACGUCGGCAACAACAACUACUUGCCGGGGAAAGAUGUCCCUAAGGCCAACAAGCCCUACUAUGGCAUCGACUUCCCUGCCUCCAAGCCUACCGGACGCUUCAGCAAUGGCUACAACGUCGCCGACUACGUCGCAAAGAGUUUGGGUUUCGACAAGAGCCCUAUGGCUUAUCUGGCGCUGAAAGCACGCAAUUAUGUCGUCCCGGCAGCUCUGGUGUUGGGAGUCAGCUAUGCUUCUGCCGGAGCUGGCAUUCUCGACUCCACUAACGCCGGAGGCAACAUCCCGCUGUCGAAGCAGGUGGUGUACUUCAACUCGACGAGGGCGGCGAUGGUGGGGAAGGCCGGCUCCGGCGCGGUGCGCGGCCUGCUGGCCAAGUCCUUCUUCCUCUUCGGCGUCGGCAGCAACGACGUGUUCGCCUUCGCCACCGCGCUGCAGAAGCAGAACAGGUCGGCGACACCGGACGAGGUGAAGGCCUUCUACACCACCCUACUCUCCAACUACUCGGCCGCUAUCACGGAGCUGUACGGGCUGGGCGCGAGGAAGUUCGGGAUCAUCAACGUGGGGCCGGUGGGGUGCGUGCCGAGCGUGCGCGUGGCGAACGCGACGGGCGCCUGCAGCGACGCCAUGAACCAGCUCGCCGCCGGCUUCGACGCCGCGCUGCGCACCGCCGCCUCCGGCCUCGCCGCGCGGCUGCCGGGCCUCGCCUACUCCAUCGCCGACUCCUACGCCCUGACGCAGGUCACCCUCGCCAACCCGGGCGCCGCCGGCUACGCCAACGUCGACAGCGCGUGCUGCGGCGGCGGCAGGCUGGGCGCGGAGGCGGCGUGCCAGCGCGGGGCGACGCUCUGCGGCGACCGCGACCGCUACGUGUUCUGGGACAGCGUGCACCCGUCGCAGCAGGCCAACAAGGUCGCCGCCAAGGCCUACUACGAUGGGCCGGCCCGUUUCACCGAGCCCAUCAGCUUCAAGCAGCUGGCCCAUUACAGCAGCUGAUGCUGAGAUUAUUGCUCAUCUUUUCUGCUUUUGUUAAUUUCGUGUUGCUGUAGCCUCUGUUAGUCUUUCAGUUUUUUCAUUAAUUUUUUUUCUGGGUUUCAAUUAAAUUGAUUCUCAUUCUUCAUGCAUACUGGUGUACUAUAUAUGCUGGUCUGUUCAGUUGAGAUAAUCUGAUCAGUGCAUGUAAAUCGCAAAGCCAGAAUAAU